GACGGCUCAAAGUCAAGUGCAACGUAUGUGCAAUGCCUUUAUUUCAGGUUCAGAGAUUGAGGACAUAUAAAAAAGCCUUACCUCUCUUGUUUGGUAUCAUUUUUGACCAUAUAUAUAAAAAAGCCUUAAUUCCUUUAAAACCUUAGGACCUUAGAUAUAUAUAUCUCUAUAAAUCAAUGUCGUCAAGCUAUGAAUUUAUGAAAGCUUGAACUAAUUUAUGAAUUUCCUUAUAAUUAAGUAGUACGUGUUUGGGUUUUUCAAAAAAAUUAGUAAGUGUAUGUCGAACAACGAUCUCACCGACCUAACUGACGCCGCAUCUUCUACCUCCGAUCCCCUUCUCCGCAAGCUCGAAGACGCCAUAUACACUGUAUUAUCGUGCGCCGAUCUACUCCCCAUUGGCUCCCUUCAGGCCCGGAUCAUCGUACUGGGUCCCUCCCCCGCGCUCCCGUAACUAUGGCCUCAGCUGCUUUAGAAGCUUGCUAACCCUUUGACUGAGGAGGAGUCUAUGUCCACCACCAUUGUUAGGGGUUGGCUUUAUUCCGAUUAUUUAUUUCAAGUGGAUCAGAUUUAUUAAGAGAGCAAUUGGAUAAUGGAGUCUUGUGACUGCAUUGACACACAGUGGCCCCCUGAUGAACUUUUGGUGAAAUAUCAGUAUAUAUCAGAUGUGCUAAUUGCACUUGCAUAUUUCUCUAUUCCCCUGGAGCUUAUAUAUUUCGUCCAAAAAUCAGCAUUCUUUCCAUACAGAUGGGUGCUCAUGCAGUUUGGCGCUUUUAUUGUUCUUUGUGGAGCAACCCACUUCAUAAACUUGUGGACAUUCUCUAUGCACUCUAAAGCAGUUGCUGUGGUGAUGACCAUUGCCAAGAUUUCAUGUGCCAUUGUUUCCUGUGCAACUGCUUUGAUGCUUGUUCACAUUAUACCAGAUUUGUUAAGCGUUAAAAGGCGGGAACAAUUUCUCAAAGACAAGGCUGAAGAACUUGAUAGGGAGAUGGGUCUUAUUCUUACUCAAGAGGAAACUGGAAGGCAUGUUAGAAUGUUGACUCAUGAAAUUAGAAGCACACUAAAUAGAGAUACAAUAUUGAAAACCACCCUUGUUGAGCUUGGGAGGACUUUAGGUCUGGAGGAAUGUGCAUUAUGGAUGCCAUCAAGAAGUGGUCAGGAUCUACAGCUUUCUCAUACUCUAAACUUUCACAUACAAGUUGGUUCCUAUGUCCCAAUAAACACUCCAAUAGUCAAUGAAGUUUUCAACAGUGUUCGAGCAAUGCGUAUACCAUAUACCUGCCCACUUGCCAGAAUUCGGCCUCUUGUGGGAAGAUAUGUGCCCCCUGAGGUUGUGGCUGUGCGGGUACCACUUCUACAUCUUUCCAAUUUCCAAAUUAAUGAUUGGCCUGACCUUUCUGGAAGAAACUAUGCGAUCAUGGUUUUGACUCUCCCUACAGAUAGUGCUAGACAAUGGCGAGACCAUGAAUUGGAGUUGGUUGAUGUUGUUGCUGAUCAGGUAGCUGUUGCUCUUUCCCAUGCUGCUAUUCUGGAAGAGUCUAUGAGGUCUCGUGAUCAGCUUAUGUCCCAGAAUGUUGCUUUGAAAUCAGCUCAACAAGAAGCAGAGAUAGCGAUUCAUGCUCGGAAUGAUUUCCUUGCUGUCAUGAACAAUGAAAUGCGGACGCCAAUGCAUGCAAUUAUUGCACUGUCUUCACUUCUUUUAGAGACAGACCUAACUCCAGAGCAAAGGGUUAUGAUAGAGACUGUACUAAAGAGUAGUAACCUUUUGGCAACACUUAUUAAUGAUGUUCUGGAUCUUUCGAGACUCGAAGACGGUAGCCUAAAGUUAGAUAUUGGAACAUUGAACCUUCAUGGGGUGCUUGGAGAGGUUAUUAAUUUGAUCAAACCUAUUGCUUCGGUCAAAAGAUUACAACUGAAUUUGAUUCAAUCCCCGGAUUUGCCAGUCUAUGCUGUUGGUGACGAAAAGCGUCUUAUGCAAACUAUUCUAAAUAUUGUUGGUAAUGCUGUUAAGUUCACAAAGGAGGGUUACAUUUCAAUUAUAGCUUCUGUUGGAAAACCAGAAUCUUUAAGAGAGUUGCGACCUUCUGAAUUCUUUCCCUUGUCCAGUGAUGGUCAUUUCUUCUUACGAAUUCAGGUUAAGGAUUCUGGCUGUGGUAUUCACCAGCAAGAUAAACCCCAUUUAUUCACCAAGUUUGUACAGCCUCAAAGUGGAUCUGGUCGGACUGCUAAUAGUGGUGCUGGCCUUGGGCUUGCCAUUUGUAAACGGUUCGUUAAUCUCAUGGGAGGUCAUAUUUGGAUCGAUAGUGAGGGAGUUGACAAAGGGACCACAUCUUCGUUUAUUGUAAAACUUGGCAUUUGCAAUAAUCCAAAUGACUCAUCCAUAAAUGUUCAAAUCGGAGAAGUGGCAAUCCCAAUGAACAUUAACCAAUGCUCAUAGCCAUCCACACAACAAAGAUGCACCAUGGAUGGUUUACCUUGAUGUGUGAAGAUAUCAUUGUACAUCAUCGGUUGAACUGGUGGUAGCAGUUGCAGACCGGGUUUAUUGGCAGGCUGAACAUAAUUUUGGUUCAUUGACAAGGCAAGGCUUACCCUCUUUGAUUGAUUAGUCUUAUGUUGUAUGAUCACUUAGUAUGAGAUAGAUGUCUUAACAAUGAAAAUUUACUUUAUAUGAAGGAAAAUGCGCACAUCUUUCCAAUUUCA